AAAGCACCGGUAUCUGAGGCGGAAAGGAAGAAGAUGGACAUUGAGGAAACGAAGAAAUCACUUCCAGUUUUUCCAUUCAAGGAGGAUCUCAUAGCCGCUAUAAAAGAACACCAGAUUCUUAUUAUCGAAGGAGAAACGGGUUCGGGAAAAACGACACAGAUUCCACAGUAUCUCUAUGAAGCUGGGUUUACAAACGACGGCAAGAAGAUUGGAUGUACUCAGCCUCGUCGCGUGGCAGCGAUGUCCGUGGUGGCACGUGUUGCACAGGAAAUGGGCGUCAAGUUGGGCAACGAAGUUGGUUAUAGUAUUCGUUUCGAGGAUUGCACAUCCGAGCGGACUGUCAUUAAAUACAUGACAGAUGGUACGUUGCAAAGGGAGUUUCUUUCGGAACCGGACCUAGCUUCGUAUAGUGUGAUGAUUAUCGAUGAAGCUCACGAGCGUACGUUGCACACGGACAUUCUGUUUGGAUUGGUGAAGGACAUUGCGCGGUUUCGGUUGGAUUUGAAACUACUGAUUUCCAGUGCCACGUUGGAUGCGGAAAAGUUUUCGGAUUUCUUCGAUGAUGCGAACAUAUUCCGUAUUCCUGGUCGUCGUUUUCCGGUUGAUGUCUUCUACACCAAAGCACCGGAAGCAGAUUAUAUCGAUGCAUGUGUGGUGUCGGUUCUACAGAUUCAUGCCACUCAGCCUCUUGGAGACAUUCUUGUAUUUUUAACUGAACAAGAGGAAAUCGAAGCCUGCCAGGAGAUGCUCCAGGAUCGGUUGGGUUCCAAACUCAAGGAACUACUCAUCCUUCCCAUUUAUGCCAAUCUGCCGUCGGACAUGCAGGCGAAAAUUUUCGAUCCAACUCCACCUGCCAAUCAACGUGCAGGUCGAGCAGGGCGCGUUGCCCCUGGCAAGUGCUUUCGUCUGUACACAGCCUGGGCAUACAAACACGAGCUGGAAGACAACACCGUCCCGGAAAUUCAGCGCAUAAACCUGGGCAAUGCCGUGCUAAUGCUCAAAGCUCUUGGAAUCAACGAUUUGCUUCAUUUCGAUUUCCUCGAUCCUCCACCACAUGAAACGUUGGUUUUGGCAUUGGAGCAACUUUACGCCCUAGGGGCAUUGAAUCACCACGGUGAACUGACCAAACUUGGACAACGGAUGGUGGAAUUUCCGGUCGAUCCCAUGAUGGCAAAAAUGCUGCUUGCUAGUGAAAAGUACAAAUGUUCCGAGGAGGUGGUGGCCAUCGCUGCAAUGCUAUCGGUGAAUGGAGCCAUUUUCUACCGACCGAAAGAUAAAAUCAUCCACGCAGAUACGGCCCGGAAGAACUUCAACCACAUGCACGGAGACCACUUGAGUUUGCUGCAGGUCUACAACCAAUGGGCCGAAUCGGACUACAGCACUCAGUGGUGUUACGAAAAUUUCAUUCAGUUCCGUUCGAUGAAACGAGCUCGCGAUGUCCGGGAGCAGCUGGUUGGGUUAAUGCAGCGAGUCGAAAUCGAAAUGGUUUCCAGUCUGCCGGAAACGACCAACAUCCGGAAGGCUAUUACAGCCGGGUACUUUUAUCACGUCGCUCGGCUCUCCAAGGGGGGUCACUACAAAACGGCCAAGCACAAUCAGACGGUGAUGAUCCAUCCGAAUUCGGCACUGUUCGAAGAACUGCCUCGUUGGGUGCUGUACCACGAGCUGGUGUUUACGACGAAGGAGUACAUGCGGUCGGUGAUUGAAAUCGAAAGCAAGUGGCUGCUGGAGGCGGCACCGCAUUACUACAAACCGAAGGAGCUCGAGGAUUCCACCAAUAAAAAGAUGCCGAAAACGAUCGGUCGGGCCACGCUGACCGAGGCGUAG